AUAAAAACAGCAUUCUCUUGGUAAUCUGUCAGUUGGAACCAGAGUUAACUACAAUCUUUACACGUGUCGGUAUGCUGAUAUUUUAUAGUGCAGAAAUGUAGGAACGUGGUGUGGACAGCUGGGAAUUAACAGGAUGAAAGAGGAACUAGAAUGUUUGAAGACCCGGCUCAAUGACUGUAAAUCACAAACAGCAGCGCCAACAACCAGUCCAACUACAGAAGCGCCUACAACUUUAACAUCUGCUUGUGUUAUCGUCUGCUACGAUCAUGAUGAAGUCGCUUUUUGUCUACCUGGCUGCCACGUCCGUCAUACUCGUGACGAAUGCUCAAACUCCAUCGUGCGACACAGUGAACUGCUUCAAUGGAAAAUGUGAGAUGAUCAACAACCUGCCCAAGUGUGUCUGCACCACCGGCUUCCUCAACAGCAUCCUAGACGACACCAUAUGCAUAGAUAUUGACGAGUGUAUCAACGGCACGACGUGUCGGCCCGGCGGUCGGUGUGUUAACUUACCGGGUCGUUAUUACUGCAUGUGUUACGCAGGAUACCAACCAGUCGACGCGGCUUCCACUUCCUGCAUUAAUCCCUACAUGUUAUAUUAUCAACGGUCACCAUACAUGUCACCCUGGUGGUCGCGUAUGAUGCGGAUGAUGUCGCCGAUGAUGCAAAUGGGAUCGCCGAUGAUGCAAAUGGGAUCGCCGAUGAUGCAAAUGUUUUCGCCGAUGACACAAAUGAAUUCGAUGAUGCAGAUGCGGUGGAUGAUGGAAAUGAUGGAUUAAAUCAGUCUAAUACUGGAAUUGUUGUGACUAGACUUGUUUUUUCAACGUCAUCCACCACAGGACCAUUUGAUUGCUGUCAGAAUGCAAAGUAGAAAAAGAAAACCACAAAUAAAUUAAAUCACUAACAAUCGGAAACAGAAGACGUCUUUCGCCUUUCCGAAUUGAAAGUAUCAUGUGUUGAAGAUACAUGUUUCUGUUCUUCAUUAUAUUGUACAUAUACUGUAAGGUAAAAUAAACUUAUUUUAUACUC